UUCCCGUGAGAAAGUGCUGCAUUUCCGAAUUUUGUAUAUCACAAUAAAAGUAUUAGGAGUUUUUCUAAUAUUUAUACCGCCUGCUUUUUAAAUGAGAUGUUCGAGGAUUUGCCUCUUGUUAUUUUACCAGCAUACUUUUUAAAAUAUUUUCAGUUUGUGCAGCAUGGCUAUUUGUGUUUCCGUUUGUCAAAUUGUGACUGGCACACUAAGGUUGCGGGUAAUUCUUAAGCGCUUUUGGAGCUGUGCAGUAACCGAAGGGUUUGUGGAUUGUAAAACUAAACGUAGAAGCUCAGUGAAAAAGAAAAAAGGAAACAGUUUAUUGACGUGUGAGGAUAGCCACUUUUCUUUGGAAGAACGGUUGGCAGAAGCAGUGACUCCACUGUGGAGAAUGAGCUAUGAGAAACAGCUUCAGGUGAAAUAUGAAGGGCAAAAGAAGACCCUCCAGUUUUUGGACGCUCACCUUAUUCAAAAAAACUGUCUCCAGCAGCCCAACUCUCAAAAUCAACAGCAGCUAAGCUUCCCAUUGUUGCCCACCGUGCCUUCUCCAGUAGUGGAGGGUUAUAGAAAUAAAUCAACAUUUUCAGUAAACAAAGGCCCAGAUGGCAAUCCUAAAACUGUUGGCUUCUACAUUGGUACCGGAAAAGGACACAAUAUUGUUUGUGUACAUGCAGAUCACCUCUUGAACUUGCCCGAAAAACACAAACAGGUGGCAACAUAUUAUGAACAGUUUAUUCAACAGUCCCCCUUAGAGUCGUGUAUUUUGUUCCAUAAAGGUGGACAUUGGCGUGAGAUAACAGUCCGCACGAGUACUCUGGGAGAUACUAUGGCAAUUGUGUAUUUUCAUCCACAGAAUCUAACAAAGGACGAUGUACAACCUCACAAAGAGUCUCUUGUCAACUUUUUUACCCGUGGAGCAGGAGCAGCAUGUCAACUGACAUCACUUUACUUUCAGGAAAGUUCAAUGACCCGUAGUACUAAUGAGCAGGCCCCCUACCAGCUUCUCUAUGGCAAACCCCACAUCUAUGAGGAGAUCCAGGAACUUAAAUUUCGUAUUUCACCCGAUGCAUUCUUUCAGGUGAAUACUUUUGGCGCAGAGGCACUUUUUAAGACAGUCAAAGAUGUGAGUCAAAGUGAUAAAGCCAGCACCUUAUUAGAUGUGUGCUGUGGAACUGGUGCAAUAGGCUUAAAUCUGUCUAAAGAUUUUAAGAAGAUCAUUGGAAUAGAAUUAAUAGAGCAAGCAAUUGAAGAUGCUAAAUACAAUGCCUCUCUCAAUGGCAUUUUGAAUUGUCACUUCCUGGCAGGGAAAGCUGAGGUGAUACUUCCCCAGUUACUCUUACCUUUGUAUGCUUCUGUACCCCAUGUUACAGUUGUGAAUCCAUCACGAGCUGGACUGCACUAUCGUGUGACCCGUGCAAUCAGAAACUGCCCUUCCAUUCGAAAGCUAGUUUAUAUCUCCUGCAAACCAGAUGGGGAAGCAAUGAAGAACUUUAUAGAACUGUGCGGUCCACCAGACCCCCAAAAAAAGCUCUUUGGAAAUUCUUUUGUUCCAACACUAGCGAUUCCAAUUGACAUGUUUCCACACACUCUUCACUGUGAGCUGAUUAUCAUUUUUGAGAGAUAACAGUUAAAUGGAGGGCAGAAUUUUCCAAAAGGCUUUUUUUUUUCAUUUCUUUGAAGGAUUCUGACAAUUGUGACACAACAUCUCCAGAUGCUACAAGAAGACAUUGGUGUUGGUGGACUAAUUCAGACAGGAUACAAAUGUGCAUGUUACGCAGAGACAGUAGUCAUGCUGGAAUUACAGCCCAGAACUCUCAA